ACGGCCUUCUCCUCCUUCCCCAUCUUCUUCUUCGUCCAUCCACCCUCUCCGCCCCCGUUGCUCGUCGUGUCGUGGACAGAAAGGAAUCAACAAUCAAGGAAGCAACCACCAAAUCGAAUCCCAAUCCCAGAAGAGGGGAUGGUGGGCAAGGGCGAGGCCCCGGCUCCGCGUGAGCCCGAGGAGGAGGAGGACACCGGAGGCGUCGUCAAGCUCAUCAGCGCCGAGGGCUUCGAGUUCGUCGUCGAUAAGAAGGCAGCCAUGGUCUCCAACACCCUGCGGAACAUGCUCACGUCGCCAGGUACCUUUAGGGGGCUUCUCCGAGACGCGCCAGGGCGAGGUCCGCUUCCCGGAGAUCUCUACCCACAUCCUCGAGAAGAUCUGCCAGUACUUCUACUGGUCGCUCCAUUACUGCAGUGGGAAGGAGACGGCGGAGUUUCCAAUUGAGCCCGAGAUAACCCUGGACCUGAUGAUGGCCGCAAACUACCUGGACACUUGAGGUUGAGGAAGUUGAGGGAGCAACUGUUGUGCUGCAACAUAGGUGCAUCAUGAAUGGAUGAAACAAGUGAAUCAUCCCAACCUCGUCGUGUUUACAUCCAACAUCCACUAGAUGGGAUUUUUUCUUCUUUUUUUCCAUGGAUCCAAUCCAAUUUGAUCUAAUCCGGUGUUAUGUAAUGGAGUGUAAGCAUGGAAUGGGACAUGUAAAAUGUGUGCUAGUAGUUUUCUAAUCCACCUGCAGUGUGUAACAGCCUGCGACUGCUGAUACUAAGACAUAGUACCAAAGAGAGAAACAAUCUUGUAGCACCUUCUUUUGCUGUGGGACCAGUUGAAUCCUCCCUUCCCUGUA